AUCGGAUUGUUCUGAUUUGUGUAGAAACCAAGUUGGAAAAGUAAGAAGAAUAAUAAAGUGUAUCCAUCCAAUCAUCUUCUCUUGGUGUGCAUCCAUUUAUUUUCGUAGAACCCUCCUUGCCCACCUUUUAUCAUACGCACCACCAACGUAUAAUUAAACCACUUGCUUUCUUUCUCUCCGAGUUUUGUUUUAGUUAGAUUUUGGUGUUGGUUGUUAGUACAAAAGUUGAGCUUUCUCUGGGUGAAAAUGGGCAGAAAGUGCUCACAUUGUGGGAACACUGGCCAUAAUUCAAGGACCUGCACUUCUUACAGAGGAACUACUCCACCUUCUGGACUUCGGCUUUUCGGUGUUCAACUUGAUAUAUCUUCAUCUUCUCCUCUUGCCAUGGAGAAGAGCUUCAGCGUGGACUGUUUGCCUUCAGCUUCAGCCUCACUUCACCCCUCGUCCUCUUCUUCUUCCUUGUCUUCUUCCCUGGUUUCCAUUGAUGAAGAUAAAACUGCCUUGGGCUAUCUUUCUGAUGGCCCCAUGGGUGGUUGUCCACAGGAGAGAAAGAAAGGAGUUCCAUGGACGGAAGAGGAGCAUCGAACUUUUUUGGUGGGGCUUGAAAAGCUGGGAAAGGGAGAUUGGAGGGGCAUUUCUAAGAACUUUGUGACUACAAGAACUCCAACCCAAGUGGCAAGUCAUGCUCAAAAGUAUUUCCUUCGGCAGGCGACUCUCAACAAGAAGAAGCGACGCUCAAGUCUCUUUGACUUGCAGGAUUUUACUUUAAGUAAUGAGGCAACCGAUAAUCUUCAUCAAAAUCAACCAUCUUCACAGGGCCGUCAUCAGGUGGUGCCCAUUUGGCUACAGCAGCCUAAAUCUUCCAUUAAUGCAUCGAAACCAUCAAGCCCAGAUGCGGAAUCAGCCGAUUUAGAGCUCACACUUGCCACACCAGUGCCUUUGGAAGAACAGAAAUCAUCACCUAAAACUCUCUUUAGUAGACCACCUGCAUACAAUCCAGUGGUAAUCCCUUUGAAGAUUCAAAGCUGAUGAUCAACAACAUAUGGUAUUAUUUAAACUAUUAGCAUAGUCAUGGUGCCUCAUCAGACCAUCUGAAACUGCCCUUUUUUAUUAUUAUAUUAUCAACAAAAGAUUUCUUUUGUUAUCUAAGGAUGACUGCUAAAUUUGUGAAAGUCUCUGCUAAUUUGUUCGUCUCUUACAUUUUAUGUGAGCGUGUGUAAAGUAGUUAGCUCUUUAAUAAGAGAAGAAUUAUAUAA